ACUGUCAGAAUCUCAUUUUUCUGUGUGCUUCAUCUCUUUCUUGUCUCCAGGGACCCCAACAAACCAGUUCCCCAAGACACCAAGUUCAUCCACACCAAGGCCAACCGCUUCGAAGAGGUGGCCUGGUCCAAGUACAAUCCCCAGGACCAGCUCUAUCUGCACAUCGGCCUGAAGCCGCGCGUGCGUGACCACUACCGGGCCACCAAAGUGGCCUUCUGGAAACACUUAGUGCCCCAUCUCUACAACCUCCAUGAACUGUUCCACUACACCUCUACCACCACCAAAGUGCCACCGCCGGAGACCACGCCGAAAAGCGUUUCCACCAAAAGGCCCAACGGGAAGAACUGGCCCUUCAAUACCAAGCGCCCCCCCAUGUCACCCGCCUACAACAGCGAGGAUAAGGAUUCUUGGAGCGAAGACGAGGAGACGGGGCCUCUUGUGGUCGACAACCCGAGGGACUAUUCCACAGAGCUCAGCGUCACCAUCGCGGUGGGAGCCUCGCUGCUGUUCCUCAACGUCCUGGCUUUCGCGGCCCUCUAUUACCGCAAGGACAAGCGGCGGCAGGACUCCGGCCACGGGCAGCCCAGCCCGCAGCGCCAGACCACCGCCAACGACAUCGGUCACCACGCGCCCGAGGAGGAGAUCAUGUCCUUGCAGAUGAACCAGACGCACCACGAGUGCGAGGCGGGGAACAGCAACGAAGGGGCGCUGCGCCUGGCCUCAUUGCCCGACUACACGCUCACGCUGCGCCGCUCCCCAGACGACAUCCCGCUCAUGACGCCCAACACCAUCACCAUGAUUCCCAACUCCCUGGUGGGCAUGCCCAACCUCCAUCCGUACAACACCUUCACAACUGGCUUCAACUCCACCGGCCUGCCGCACUCCCACUCUACCACCCGCGUAUAGCUUUAAGGAGGAGGCAAGGCGGGGGGCGGCCAGCGCAGGCGGGAGAGAAGGAAGUGGUGGUGGGUUGGCGGAGGAGGAGCAGGAGGAUGAACGAACUGAGGAGAGGAUUGUGUUUUAUAAAUAUCACAGGCAGGGGAAGGGCUGCGUGGGGGCGGGGAAGGGCAGGAGUGGGAUUAAAACGUGCAGAGAUUUAACUAGACUUUUACUAUGACGAGAGCAGCCGAGAGCUCUCUGUGGAUGUCAAGUUGUGCAGAGCUGCCAAAAUCAAACUGCUUUCCUUCUCCAGGAAGAGGAGGAGGUGGUCUUUCUGCAGUGUUUUU